ACAGCGAGUGAGUCUAUCAGAAGCACUUGACUCUCCGAACUUAGUCCAUCAGUAUCGGCCUAAUAUCUUUCGAAAUGAUUGCAUCAGAUGGAGUGUGGUUCACGAUUACAUACGCGCUGCUCACCCUGUGCGUGAUGGCGCCAACCGGCGAGAUAAUCGACUCGGGGCUCACGGUUUCGCGUAUGCUGAAGGGAUUCAUCGUGGAAGAGCACACGGAUUUCAUCGCGCAUCAUCUGAGUUUGACGGCAGCGAACACCAUCGUGCACUCGAUCUUGCCACUGGGGUACGUGUUCGGCUUGGUCAUUUUCGGAGGUGCUUCGCCGGAGACGCUGAUACCUUUCAAAGGAAAUCUCUGGCCGCUUUUAUUGGUAGCGGUCGUGUUAGGAGGCUAUGCGCUGAACAAAACCAGUCGUCAUUAUCUCUCCAAGUGGUCAACGCAUCCCGUCGCCAAGGUGUUGUCAUUGUACACACUGGAAUCUGACGAUUCCUGGAGGCGAGUCGCGGAGCGUCUCAACGCAGAGUUCAGAGGACCAGAUAAGUUCUCGACGGCUGGAGGGAUCACUAGAACAAUUGUUCUGCCGUCGUGGCUGAUCCAUCUGGAAACCUACGAAAUGCAUCUUAUCCACAUCGCUGACGCCAAGUUGAAGGUCAUCGGAAGCGCGGAGCACUUGGUAUCUCACCUAGAUGCCUCAGGUCUCCAGUGCUUGACGAUACUGGUCGAAAGCAGACGGGAAAGAGUGCCUUCCUUCACGUUGCAGCUUAACUCGUCGGAUUACGACGAGCUGCGUCAACGUCUUCCUCUCGAGAAUAGCAAGAAUAUACCCAUUCAUAGAAACCUGAGCGAUCGAUUCAUCGAGGCAUUCAGAGCGAAUGUCCGGCUGAAUCCCACUCUUGAGUACGAUGAGGAACUGGAUUCCUGUAUCGGCUGCAUGCAAGCCCAGCCGGAUGUCGUUCUUCGUAAAUUGUGUGACAAUGACAGUGAGGAGACGAUACGAAGCACUCGUUGCGUUGGAUGCCUGUGUCGCCCCCUAUGGUGCUCAUCGUGUCUAGCUCGUUGGUUUGCUUCGCGUCAAGACCCCGACGCACCUCACACAUGGCUUCGCGGAAAAUGCCCGUGUCCUACCUGUCGAUCGACAUUCUGUCUUCUCGACGUUCAGCCGCUCAUCCUCCGAAAAACGCCGGGAACUUCGGCAUCGUCGACUUGAAGUCUCAACUAGUCUCGUUGUAAAUUGUAACUACUUGGUACUUGUAUAGCGGAUAAUGUCUAAUGUACACGCCGAUUUCGUCCAUCACUCCGCAUAAUCAUGGAGCGGCUGAUUAAUCACAUGUAAAGUAUUCCUCUCGCCUGGAUCUCCGCCAUUAUGUGAGCAAUGUUCGAUUGAGAGGAUAACCCGGGGAAAAAUAUGCGCUCAAGCCCCGGUGGGGGACUUUCCCUCUGUGGACUUGAUUCCUCACGUCGUCCCGGUCUAAUCAUCUUCCCAAGCGUCUUUCUUCUGUUGUUUUGCCAGUCGCCGUUUCUCUGUAAGAAAACAGACGCGAUGAUGCCUUCAGCUCUAGCGCAAGUCUCGGACUUCGCAGGGUCAGCAGCGUUGCACUUAGCAUUGAGGUCGAGCUUCGUCCUUUAUUUUUGUAAAAUAAAAAUCGUUU